AAAAAAAAAAAACAAAUAUAGAUAAAUAAAUAUUACAGGUAUGAGCUAAAUAUUGUUGUUCUUCUCUCAUUUACAAAUACAAUUAUUUCUUAAAGUGAAUCGAUAAAAAUUGUUGCUGCAAUAAGUAUGAUUAGUCAUCGGUUUUGUCAAAUUGUCAGAAAGUUGUUUUCUUACUCAUACCAAUUUGCCUUAAUCGCGAUGAUGAUUCAAACAUUAAACGUCAUUACCGUGAUCGACAUCACGACAACCAGUUAGUUAAUCGUAAAAUUUUACCUGUGAAAUACCGAUUACAUUAAGGAUAUCGUAUAAUAAUAAAAACCGCCUAAAAGAAAAUCAAUUACAUACAUCACAGACGCAUCGUGGCAAUCCACCUUACAAUGUUCUUAUAGCCACGCAGUUAAGAAAACUAAGUAAAUAAAUAAAUCAUAAAAUAAAAAAAAAAAGUAAAAUAAAAUAAAAGUGCGCCCAUCGCAGCCUCUCUACUACGAUUCAUUCAUUCCUUCAUUCAUACAACUAAGUAAGUAAAAUGGACGCUACACCCCCAACCAUGAAGGAUAUGGAAGCCGAAAAUGGAUUUUCAACAUCGAUGUUAACGUUUGCCGCCGUCAUGACCAUAAUGAUUAUGAUUGUUGGUAUUCUGGGUAAUUUUCUAACAGUGGCCGCCUUAAUUAAAUGUCCAAAGGUACGCAAUGUGGCCGCUGCCUUCAUAAUGAGUUUGUGUAUCGCGGAUUUAUUAUUUUGUGCUCUAGUUUUGCCAUUCAGUGCGUAUCGUUUCAUACAAGGUACUUGGACGCCACGUGAAUUCCUUUGCAAGAUGAUACCAUUUAUACAAUACGGCAACAUUGGUGUAUCUCUGCUUUGCAUUGCUAUGAUCACAAUUAACAGAUAUGUUAUGAUUGCUCAUCAUAGCUCGUAUGGUAGAAUUUACAAGAGACAUUGGAUUGCAGCAAUGAUUAUAUUUUGUUGGGUCUUCUCGUACGGUAUGCAAUUGCCAACGUUAGUCGGUGCUUGGGGAACUUUUGAUUACGAUCCUAAAUUGGGCACCUGUUCAAUUAUGAGCGACGAUUAUGGUCGUAGCAGCAAAACUACAUUAUUUAUAACGGCCUUCGUUAUACCAUGUUUAAUAAUUAUAGCUUGCUAUACGAAAAUCUUUUGGGUUGUUCAUAAAUCGGAGCAACGUCUAAAGCGUCAUGCGAAUAAACAAAAUUCGAUACCAAACAAUUUGCGGGUGAUAGUGCCGCCGACGGCGUCAAGCAAUGCCGAUAUGAUUAACGGUCAGAGUCGUGUUUCAUCUGCCGAUUCGAGUAGUUUUUCAACAGAUGUUAAACAAGAAUCGGUACAAAAGCAAACUUCACGUAUUAAAGAUCAACGUGAGGUGCGAGCGAAACGUAACGAAUGGCGUAUAACUAAAAUGGUGUUAGCGAUAUUUUUAAGCUUUGUAAUAUGCUAUCUACCUAUUACGAUAGCCAAGGUAGCUGAUCAAGAUGUCGAACAUCCCAGUCUACAUAUAAUGAGUUACAUUAUGCUAUAUCUAUCAGCCUGUUUAAAUCCGAUCAUAUAUGUAAUAAUGAAUAAACAAUAUCGGAAGGCUUAUAAAACGGUUAUUAUGUGUCAACCGGGACGUUUAUUGAAUUUUGGCAAGGGAGCAGGGUUGGGAGGUAACGGUGCCGACGCGGUUGGCAGUAGUGUCGCAGAGAAAUGGAAAGAUACCGGAUUGAGCCACAAUCACAGUCGCACUUUGGUAUCCCAAAUGUCGGCAACCGAUCAACAAAAUACCAGCUUCAGCAGUUCCGUCCAAAUGUCGGUACCAUCGGCAAUAGCCCUGGAAUUGCAGACCAACAACAAUAUACCGACGAAUAUCACUAUAAACGGUGCAAUAAUAGAAACGACACCGAUAUCUACCGAGACGAAUUUAGAGUUAAAAACGAACGAACGAUCGUUAGAGCAAACAAUAUUGCAGACCAACAGCGUCAAGAACAACAGCAAUGCAGCCCACUUAAUUGCGAUACCGAAGAAUUUGAUUACAACAAAUCGCAACAACAAAAGCAAAGAGUCAAAUCGCAUAACUCUAGUGGGCGGAGAUAUAAUUUUGGAAGAGGAAGAAGAGGAGGAGGAGGAGGAGGAGGAGGAGGAGUUGGAGGAGGUGGAGGAAGUGGAGGAAGUGGAGGAGGAGGACGAGUACGAGGACGAAAGGGUAAAUCCGAAGGCAACAUUAUCAUGCAGUCCAAAACAGCAGGAACAGAGACAGCUACAAACGGAAAUCGAACAGAUCGAACAGCCCUCAAUUCCUGUCCAAACAGUGGGUCAACCAGUUCGACCCACGCCAGUGUACGUCAAUGCGAGCGUCUUGCAUCAGAAGAAAAACCUAUUUUACGGUCAGAGCAUCAACGACACACCAGAUAAUAUCAAUAACAAUAUAAAUACAAAAUUGCAAACCAAAUCGAAACUUUUAAAAGACUAAACGCACUAAGGCUUUAUUUUUACCGAUUUCAAUUUUUUAUAUGAGAAUUACUUGAUUUCUAGACAAUAAUAUGUACUAUUAUUAUUAUUAUUAUUAUUAUUAUUAUUAUUGGAUAAGAUAACUUAAUUUAAGGACACGAUGAGCUUGAAAACUAAUCAAAACAUUCCAAAUAGAUAGCGCGAAUGUGAACUCAUCUAUCCAAGGUCUAUAGACGUCGUGUUACAGACUUGUGAUCAGUUCAGACAUUGAUCAACAAUGUUCAAUGACAUGCCCUUUAUCGUAUUUUCAAUGUGUAUGUAUGUAUGUAUGUAUGUAUGUAUGUAUGUAUGUAUGUAUACCUUAUAUGGACUUUGAAAAAAAAAUU